AUGCACAUUAUCCCGGCGCUCAAGGAGAACAACAGCCUCAACAGCCCCAACAAGAGAGAGGGUGGUGGGCUCGACACGCACCGCAUGAGCGGGAGAUGCAAACGGCCAUCAUUCCUGCAGCCAGGGACCCGUCCUGGUGGUGGGGUGAGGGGAGAGACUGCCCACCAUGUCCACCCACUGACUCUUGAGAGCUCACAGCUCGAGCUGCUGCCAUCGGCUGCCAUUGGAGCUGACCGCCAGAUGGAGCCCCUGAUUCGAUGGUACCUGGAUUGGGCACUAGGCGCAAGCUCUGAACAGGGGAUGCCGUGUCAGAGGCGGCGCCAUUGGCCAGGCCCCCCCGCUGGGCUGGGGUGGUUAGGCGGUGACAGCUGGCUGGGCUGA